CGAUUUUUCGUGUGGAGUCAUUUUUAUGCAGGACAUGCCCUGGCACGCUCAGCCUCACACUGAACUCAAGCACACUCAAAAGGACAGAGACCGCAUGGUCACUGAUUGACUCACUGUGAUCAGUGACUCCUCAGUUUUCAGUACUGUUGGUUAACAGAUGCUCUUAGAUAACCGAUGACCGUCAAAUACUGCCACUGUGAGGGGCCGGACACGUGACCCCGUCAGGAUUUACCCCAACCUUCAUUCGCUGCUGAUAAAAUGAUACGGGUUACCAUGUUAAAGGUCACAUAAUACACACUUUGGUUCUUUUCCAUCACUGGUCUUAACUGAUAAUUAUGCAUAUUCCUCUCAGCCCAUAUUCCACAGUUUUAGGGCAUUUUCAAUGUAAUGCUCGGUUUUUGAUUUUCACUAUACGGACUCUGUUUUCCACACGGUCACACGCGUCUAAAUCUGUCAAAGCUGAAUGUUGCCUACGCAGAAUGAUGAGUCAUUCAUGCUAUCGUGUUCUCUGAUGAUUUGCUCAGUUUUAAGCUAAUGAAUGGUUCUGUAGUGUAGCUAUACGGUUGUUAGCACAUGAUAGGAAAUGUCAGGAUAAAAGGCAAGUUGACAUAGGAUUCUAAAAAUGUACUUGGAACUCUUGUGUAGAUAACAAUGUGUUCAUGUAAUAGAUUUGUUUUGGUUUUUUUGUAAGCUGCAGGAAUGUUUGGCAUGGAUUUAGCUCUCUGGAUUUAGGGUUGUUAACCCUUCGACAGCACUGUGUUCAGGAAUAUAUUGGCUGUGAACGCGCGCCGUGGGCUGUUAUUAAAUGGGCGGGCUCGCAGGCGCGGUCACGUUUCCCAGACGCUCGCGUGGUUUUGGACUGUCACAUAAAAGCGCGCCCCAGCGGCAGACCGGCAGAACUCGUUCGGUGUUCCCUCUGAAACCGGAUUGUACUGGAUUGACUGCGGAGACCGACAACAGAACCGGAGAGGAGGAACACCACAGGUCCCGACGCACAGAGAUCAUGGCCUCCCACUCAUCCAACAUGUCCUCCGACAAGCGCUUCCUAAUCUUCUUUGACUUCGAUGAGACCAUCGUGGAUGAGACCAGCGAUGAUAUGGUGGUUCAGGCCGCCCCGGGUAAACACCUCCCCGAUUGGCUGAAGGACACCUACAAUCCUGGACGCUACAACGAGUACAUGCAGCGUGUCCUGGCCUACCUCGCAGAGCAAGGUGUCACUGAGAGUGACAUGCGAGGGAUAAUGGAGAAGUUACCUGCCACCCCCGGCAUGCUCAACCUCUUCCAGUUCCUCCGCACCCGUCCUCCACAGGACUUUGAGGUUGUGCUGGUCUCUGACGCCAACGCCUUCUUCAUCGAGUCGUGGCUGAGGCGCGUCGGCGCCCGCCAGCUUUUUCACCGUAUCUUCACCAACCCAGCUACCUUCAACAGGGACGGACGUCUGGUGCUCAAGCCCUUCCACUCUCACGACUGCCAGCGGUGCCCGGUCAACAUGUGCAAGCAGGUGGUGGUCAAAGACUAUGUGGCCCGUAGGACGCAGGAGCGUGGCCGACCAUACCAGAGGGUUUUCUACGUGGGUGAUGGAGCUAACGACUUCUGUCCAGCCCUUGCUCUCGGGCCCCGGGACGUGGCCUUCCCUCGCAGGGACUUCCCUAUGCACCGGUUGAUCACGGAGACCCAUGAAGCCAUGCCUGGGGAGUUCAAGGCAGUCACGGUGCCUUGGGUUAGUGCAGAUGAAGUGGUGCAGCGACUGAGGAAGCUGAUAGCUGAGUAAAAAAAAUGGUCAACUAUAAAUAAGAGUCAGGGUGAGCGGCUAUUAAAGGUCAUAUCUACAGAUUGUCAUGUCAGCAAUGUUAGAUCAGGAAAACGUACCAAUAAACUAAACCUUAUUUCAUAGACGAAACACAUUUUAGCUAAUUUCUUUAAUCAAAUCAAUGGGGUAAAGAAAGUGAGAAAGAGAGAAUACAGGCAGAAGGCAGUGUGGCUUCAGAUGAAGACAACAGCUCACAUUUUUUAAUGUUUGUUUGUUUGUUUCUUUUUUUCGGUGGUUUGUUUUUAGGUGAACUUCCUUUGGUCAUCAGGUUCUUCUGUGUCUGUCUCAACUAGACUGUCCUUUGUCAGAAAAAACAUUGAAAAAUGCAAUAAAAAAUGAAAAUAA